UUUUAUGUUAAUGCAUGGUGGAAUAGGAGUACAGUAAGUAGGAGCCUCCGCGGUCUGUACACUUGUAUUGGCGUGUUAACAGUUUGAGACUCUCCCUCUUGGAUAAUGUCGAUAUAUGAUACAACAAUGGGGGUGAAUAGGAGGGCAAUAGUUUGAAGGCUUGACUGUCGUCCAUACCCGACACGGUGGAGAAAGACGUAGUUCUCGCAUGAGCUACCGCAGCUAUGUUCACUAGCCACUGUGUGAGACGGGAGAGGUCUGUUAAAACCUAGGCAGUGGAAGGUUUCAGCGUCUACGCCCUGAGAGAGGGAUACAAAGUUUGGUGGAAAAACUGUUACGACAUACGGGUGGUAUACUUGAAGCUUACACAAGCUGUGAAACAUUCCUGGAGGUAAUACGUGCGCGUCAACAUCUUCUACGUGUGAAUCGACAUCAUGAACAACCGUGGAUGCAACAAGGUGGAGGCCUGUCUCACUGUGGCCAACAUCUUCGGAGUCUUUGCUAUAGUGAUAAUUGCUGCCGCCAUAGGCACAGACAGAUGGCUUGUAUUCACUGUCAACAGAUCUCGACUAUCCGCGGCGACACAAGUCGCCUCCAGGGAAGGGAUCAGAGCACGGUACUACCACACCCGACAACGGGGUAUGUUCAGGGAGUGUUACCCAGGUAACGACACAGUAUUCCUCGACAAGGCAACCGAUGUCUUGGACAAGAACUGCUUCUCGACAAUGUUUGGCGACAAUCCAGAUGGCGCUUCGGAAGACUACCGGAUGAUGCAGGGGCUGUUCACGGCGUUCAUGGUGAUGUUCAUAGUAGGUGAACUGGUACUCGUCAUUGCCUACAUCAUCGGACUGUGUCUCUGUGUCGGGAGGUUGUUCUCCAAAGCGUGGGUAGCAGCGUUGCUCACGUUCAUCGCGGCGUUUCUAGUCGCCCUGGGUCUGGCUCUGUUCCACGGGUCCGUCCAUGUUGAAAGGGAAAACGUCCGAGACACAUUAACAGACAGGCAACAGUAUUACCAAUCAUGGCCCACCGAGUUGCAGAACAGUACCAAGAUGGCAUUUAAAGAGUCCUACAUCGCUGCUUGGGUUGGGUUCGUACUAAUGCUGGUUACAUGCUUCUGUUACGGAAUCGCUGCUCGUCUCUUGUCUCCCCCUAAGCCGAAGUCUAAAGCCCCACCUCCACCAGAGGCUUCUUACUACCCUCAGCAGGUCAUCUACCCCACACAACAAGCAUCCUACCCACAAGCACCUGUUGUGUAUUAUCUGGAAUGAAAUGUCACUUAGCAAUAAUAUUUUUAGAAGAACAGUUAACUACGGAUAUAUCGAAGUGCUGCCCCUGGAGUGUCUGUUCUGCGUGAUAAGGGGAGUUAACGAAAAGCUCUAUAAAGAUGAACAAUUUCGAGAUAACCGAGAUAUUCAGAGGGUGAAUGAGUGUUUCGAGACACGGAAGUGAAAUUGAGAAGAGUUGUGUCAUGCUGGACAACAUCGGGAAACAAUUCUGGGUGGAGGUAGUCUAAACUGAAUAAAACGAUUCCAGAGACAAGUAAUUCAGUCGGAUAUAUUUUACCUUAACUGUAAGCUCAAACAUAGCUUUGGAUACAAAAUGCUUUUGUCGUAUCCGACUUUGUCCAAUCCGAUCUUGUCGUACCCGUCAUUGACUGUUCUUCGUUUACAAGAAGAUGUACUCUCUUAGAGAUAAUGACUGUCAUAUAAACUGCCAUGUUUGAAGUUUAAAGGAUCUGAAAGUGUGUUAAUGAAAGUGGUGUGUUUUGUCAUUCGUGAGGAUUUCAUAUGGAGAAAAGAGACUGCAAUAUGUUCUUGCACCAUGGAAGCGUCCAGAUCUGAUUAAGAGUUAAAUAGAGUAGUCCAAUGGUCCAAAACUCGGUAUCAUUUGCACAGUUUGGUUUUGCAGGGCUUGCCUGCAAGAUUUGCCCCGUAAUCGUUGGUACGUCAGCAUCAAACCUGUGUCGGUUGGUUUCGUCAAUGUCUACAACGACGGCCUUUCUUCUAAAUUAAGCUGACACGCCCUGAUAUAACUGAACUUUUCUAGAAUUUUUCAAACCAACUCACUCACUCACUCACUCACCAUAGUGCAUAUGCUCGUCUCCAUGUUCAUACGUGGGGAGUCCACGAGUUGAUAUUUACCACGCCACUAUCAGAGUACCUUCCUAUGUCUAUUCUCAAGUAGUGUAUCAUGACAUUUGUCUAUUCCCAGGUAACAUGUCAUGACAUUUGUCUGUUCCCAGGUAACAUGUCAUGACAUUUGUCUAUUCCCAGGUAACAUGUCAUAACAUUUGUCUGUUCCCAGGUAACAUGUCAUAACAUUUGUCUAUUCCCAGGUAACAUGUCAUGACAUUUGUCUGUUCCCAGGUAACUUGUCAUGACAUUUGUCUAUUCCCAGGUAACAUGUCAUGACAUCUGUCUGUUCCCAGGUAACAUGUCAUAACAUUUGUCUGUUCCCAGGUAACAUGUCAUGACAUUUGUCUGUUCCCAGGUAACAUGUCAUAACAUUUGUCUGUUCCCAGGUAACAUGUCAUAACAUUUGUCUAUUCCCAGGUAACAUGUCAUGACAUUUGUCUGUUCCCAGGUAACUUGUCAUGACAUUUGUCUAUUCCCAGGUAACAUGUCAUGACAUCUGUCUGUUCCCAGGUAACAUGUCAUAACAUUUGUCUGUUCCCAGGUAACAUGUCAUGACAUUUGUCUGUUCCCAGGUAACAUGUCAUAACAUUUGUCUGUUCCCAGGUAACAUGUCAUAACAUUUGUCUAUUCCCAGGUAACAUGUCAUGACAUUUGUCUGUUCCCAGGUAACUUGUCAUGACAUUUGUCUAUUCCCAGGUAACAUGUCAUGACAUCUGUCUGUUCCCAGGUAACAUGUCAUAACAUUUGUCUAUUCCCAGGUAACAUGUCAUGACAUUUGUCUGUUCCCAGGUAACAUGUCAUAACAUUUGUCUGUUCCCAGGUAACAUGUCAUGAUAUUUGUCUAUUCCCAGGUAACAUGUCAUGACAUCUGUCUGUUCCAAGGUAACAUGUCAUGACAUUUGUCUGUUCCCAGGUAACAUGUCAUGACAUUUGUCUAUUCCCAGGUAACAUGUCAUGACAUUUGUCUGUUCCCAGGUAACUUGUCAUGACAUUUGUCUAUUCCCAGGUAACAUGUCAUGACAUCUGUCUGUUCCCAGGUAACAUGUCAUAACAUUUGUCUAUUCCCAGGUAACAUGUCAUGACAUUUGUCUGUUCCCAGGUGGCAUGUCAUGACAUUUGUCUAUUCCCAGUUGGCAUGUGUGGCGUUAACGAGGGUUAGGCUCGUGGAAACUGAUAUGUGAAGUCCUUUCGACAACAAUAUGCAUAUCUGCUUGUUAAUUUCGAUAUUUUUCGAUUUCGAUUUUUAAACCAAUAUACCAGCUAAUCUCCAUUUUAAGUAAACAGAGAUACUGUCAAGGUAUCACGCUCAGGUAUGUUUGCAGUAUCUGAAACUAUAGACGACCGUGAAGUAUAUCUCCCUUUAAGCCAACCCACUCAUUCCACGUAGAAUGUCGCCAUCGGGUUGUGUUACAACGGGUAUUUGUAUUGUAAAUAAUACUGUUCCUCAAACGAGGGAUAUCUUGUAUUACAUCAUGUUAGGCAUUAUCAGUCAUUAUCAGCCCCCCCAGGCGUUAAAGGGAGACUCGCCUCGGGCUAGCUUACCUUCUUAGUAAAUUUGAUUCAAUCUUCAAACGUUUGUCUGCAAUCUAAAGUUUUAUGACAGUUUAUCAACACUAUAAUUUCACUGAGAACCUGAUUCAAACUAAAAGCACCGUCUCAGGGUAAAUAUGACCAUGGGUAAGAGAGUGUGGCGGAGAGGAGUACCCCUUUAAACUUGACAUUUUGGACGAUGUGGUACAGUCAUGGUGUAUAUGUCAGUUAAAAAAGAAACCGAUACUUUAAGCAAAACUUUCGUAUGUUGUGUGCACAUCUAUGUCCAUAUUGUAUAUGUAUGUUAUCAUAUUCAAAUAUUAUAAAUAUAUUGCAUGAAUAUAUAGUUUCAUUAUUGUUCCCUGUCAUUUAGAAGUCAUUUGUUACAUGACAUAUUGUUAUAACGCUAUACAUAUUAUACAUAAUAAAUCCACUUCGUAUGAA